AUGGCUCGUGGCUCAAUAGAUCUUUAUGCAUUGAAUGUAUAUAUCUGGAACCAUGUGCUUUUGCAGUGCCCACCAUAUGACGGGGUACCUUGUCGAAAGCUUACUCCAUACCAAGGAAAGCCGCAUGCAGCUCUCUUCGUUUUUCUUUAUACUUCUCCAUCACUAUCCGCUAUCCGUACAGUAUGGAUGGCGUCAGCAGCGCCGGCAUUCUUUACAAAUCCGCACUGCUUGGAUGGCAACUCUAUAAUCGCUCGAAGUCGUGUUUCAAGUACUCUUUCGAAAAUCUUCAGUGUGGGUGAUCAGCCGGAUUGGCCGAUACGUUGA